AUGUCUGCAGCGCCCAAACCUAAAGUCCUUUUGCGCGCCAAAUCUCUCGUGGAGCCCGAUGUACACAAUCCGUUCUCUUUCAAGUUACAGCUCACACUCUGCGACAAACUCAAGGUAAUUCAGUUUAUCAAAUUUUUCUUGUUUGAAAUGUUAAGAACACACAAGAACUAGAAUGGUAACAGUAUUGGGUAUCAAAGAACGCAUUUGUAACGAUAAAUUUUGUCCACGAUCGAAUUAAAAUUCACAGUGAGUUACUUUUAUCUCAGCUGUCCAAACAGUAUCAAUGUAAACAAACAUCCAUCCCGCUGGUUCUGAACAAUUUGAAAGCAUGAAUUACGCCUCGUCGUCGCUCCAGCUUUACAUGUCACUUGAGCCAAAAAAAAAAAAAGUAUCCGUGAAAAAAGUCUCUUCUAAUGGGCCCUAUAGGGUCUCUUUCAUUAGAAAGCUCAGUGUUUUAAGCUCUUAGUAUUAUACUCCUCAUAGGCAAAGCCACUGUGUGAAGAAGAAACAUAAUUUUAAGCGUGGCUCUUUGAAGAAUCCAUAGAUAUUGACAAAAAUGUUCACACAAUGUUGAGGUAUUGUUUGUUUUUUUAUGGGGGAGGGGGGGAGUUAGGGGUUCAUAGGGAAAAUGAUAUUGGUUGUAUAAAACAACUGAAUGUCAGGUUCUAUGAUAGCUUUUUACCUUCAUUUUUAAUAUGUAUCGUAACUACUAGUCCACUUCAUUCACAAACUACCUUGCCACAUCCAGUUGCUUCAGCAGGGUUGUUGACAAUGUCUCUCUUCCUGUAGAAGAGGUGAAAUCUUACUUCACAGCUCAUGCAUUUAGAUAAAAAAAACUUAACACUCUUUUGUGCAAUACAUGUAGUUGUUUUGUCUUCAAUCAUAAGGAUAACAUUUAUAACCAUGUUAUUUGUAUACAAUUGUUUUAUUUCAGGUUGCAAUUCUUAGUGUAACACUGUUUCCAGUCAGGCUCCUGUGCUUGUUUUUUCUCCUCAUUGUGGCUAGUGUGAUAGGAAAACUGACUACCCUGUGUAUGAAGAAAGAAGAAGAACCAGAACCACUGUCAGGAUACAGAAGGUGUUAUUACCAUUAUUUUGCUUGAGUUAUGUCAGGUCUGUAGUGCAAAAAUUAGGAAGAUAAAGUCUGUACUUGUGCCAUGUUGCUCAUCCAGCCAGAGCUUAUCCUGGCUUCCAUAGCAUAAAGACACCAGGAGUAUCAUUACUCCCACCCUGAAUGGGAUACCAGUCCUUUGCAAGGUUUCCUUGCAGAAUUUCAUCAGACAUCCCUAGUACAUGUACACCCUUAUAUAAUCCUUGGUGUAGAGAGGCAUUGUGGAAGGAAAGUGUUUCUUCCAUAAACACAACACCAUGACUCUGCCAGCUAAGCUAAGGCCACUACCUCUCCCCUGUAUCAUGCACAGCUCACGUAGAUGUACCUACAACUGAAUAAAAGGGGUAAGUUUUUAAAGAAACUGUGGUGCUGCAUCAGUGGGAGAGUAUAAUAGGGUAAUCAAGUAUUAUCAAUGGAGUUUAUAAUAUAAAGAACAUAAUAAUGCUUAUGUUUCGAGCAUUGGCCCUUUGUCAAUUGCUCUGACGAAGGGCUAACCUCAAAACAUCAGUUUUGAAACUCUUAACGGUGGCUACCAGUAAUUUAUGUUCCUACAACUGAGUUUGAAAUGAAUAUUCCUGGCUGUAUACUGUAGUUUUAAUUCUUGUGUCAGCAACUGUGACCAAAGCUUUUAUUAUAAUCAGCAUGCUGUGUUUUCAUGUAGGAUCAUGAGAAAGCCACUUCGUGGUAUUGCACGGGCAAUGUUAUUCUGCAUGGGUUUUCAUUGGGUUAAAGUCAAAGGCAAACUGAGCAGUUCAGAGGAAGCUCCAAUAUUAACUGUGGCUCCACAUUCAUCAUUUAUUGAUGCCUUGGCAUUGAGUGUUAUUUGCUUACCUUCAGGAGUUUCCAGGAAGGAAAAUGAUUCAAUACCUCUUGUAGGGGGUUAGUGUGAAUUCAAUUUCAUAACAUUCUAAGUUAACCCUUUAACCCCUAAAAGUGACCAAAAUCUUAUCUCUCACUACAAUAUCACCCCUGAAUCACACAUGAAGGUCAUGAGAAUAAAGGAAAUGAUCUAGAGGGGCUCUGAAUUUUUUUAAAAAAUUCUCCUUGUCAGUACAAUAGAAAAUGUGCAGAGAACAAUAUGGAGAAUAUGCACCUUGAAUGAUGUUCAAGUAAAAAGGGUGUUUUGCAAAGUUGGUGGAUGGAACAUGUGGGACAUUCAGCACAAUUUUAUGUAUGAGUCAGUUUCUUUAUCUGUACUAAUCAGAGAGAAGUUUUUCUGUAUCACUCUGGUACAAAAGUACAGUAUAUAUUUAUGUCAUUAUAGUAACAUGAGAAAAUAACAUCAUUUUAUCAAAAAUGUUUUUCAUUUGAGAAGAUACAAAUUAAUAAGAUUUCACUCAACACCUGGCUUUUCUGUUUGGUUGUUUGAAUGCCUACUAUUUAUCAGGGGGCUCAUUAUUCUUCUAAAGAAGAUCAGACAAUUUCUGGUUUCUUACCAGAAUCCUCCAACUAAAUUUUGAUGACCAGAGCUAUUUGACAGAUUUAGAUGGAAAUAACCAAUUUGAUUAUUUUCCUGCUUCGACAUUUCUGGAUGAAAAAUCUUUUUAAAAUUCUUAUUUUUACCUCAUAGAAACCUUUUAAUUGACAGUUGAGAUCAAUCCAAACCAACAAGUAAUCAAACUAACUUCUAGUUUGUCUUAACUUGUUACAGGAUGCAUACGUGCAUUACAACCUGUGUAUGUAUCAAGAACAGAUCCAGAUUCCCGAAAGAAGACAAUCUCUGAAAUCAAAAGAAGAGCCAGUUCUGGUGGAAAAUGGCCUCAUGUGGUGAUAUUUCCAGAAGGUAGGUAGUGUAUUUUAUUCAAAAGUGGAUCAUUGGAUGAUGCAAUUCAAGAGUUUUCAUUGCCAUCAUGGGCUAUGAGCCAUUAUACCAUGCACACACAUGAAGACAAGUGAAACUGGAAGUGUUUUUUACAUUGUAACAUUCUCUUUGUUCUUACAAAAUAAAGUUGGGAAGAGUAUAUUUUGGGUGUUUUUGAUGACACAAAAAUUCCACUCAUGCUUGUUGGAUAUGAGAUGAUUAUAAACAACUUGGCCCUACAGGCCUCGUUGGCUAUCUAUCAUCUCAUAUCCAAAUUGCCCACUUGUGGAAUGAUCAUUGUUUAAUAUCCAUGACUAUGUACUAGUUGAAUUAUUUUUCUUAGUUUCAAAUUUUUCAGACCAGUUCAAUUGUUUAUUAUUGAAUUUCAUUCUGUAUUCUUUAUGAUUAAUCUGACUCAAGCUAAGAAAAAUCAAACUGGUUUGGAAAGUUCUAAACAGAGAGUAUCAACCCCAAGUAACUGUCCAAUGCAAUACUUUGCAUGUCUUCUUGUAGGAACCUGUACUAAUAGGAAAUGCCUGAUCACUUUUAAACCAGGUUGGUAACAAAUAUUUUAAAUCUUAUUUGCUUUUAACUCUUUAUCGACCACCAUUUGUUACCAACACAGAAUUUCUCCUGAAAAUACCAAGCAGACAGGUGAUGAUAAUAUUUAAUAAAAUAUCAAUUAGGGUAUUAUUAAUUGAUCCAAUACAAAAUUCUUCAAACUAACCUUAUGAGAAUUGUAUAAAAGACAGUAAUAAGAAUUACUUAUUAAUAAGAUCUUGGGAGUGAAGGGGUUAACCCUUCAACUUCUGUGAGUGACCAAGACAGUAUUUCUCCUUACUAUAUCUUAAUACAAUAUCAUGCAGACAAGUGAUGAGAAUUAAGAAAAAUAUCAAUUAUGGAAUUGCUAAUUUAUCUGAUACCAAAUUCCCCACACUAACAUAUUGAGAAUCAUUUGGCAGACAGUAAGGAGAAUUACUAAUGAGAUCUUGGGAGUGAAAGUGGUUUUCUUUAGAAAGAGCUCAUGAUCUGGCAUUUAAGAAGCUUUUCUUUGGCAUUGAGGGAUGAUGAAUUUGAGCUGUUAAGGGGACUGCAUAUAACUUUGAAAUGUCAUCUAUUUUAUGACAGAUGUUCAUUUUCUUUCUCUGUGUUUGUAGGAGCAUUUUAUACAGGUGUCCCAGUUCAAGCUGUGGCAUUAAAAUAUCCCAACAGACUGGUUAGUGUCAGGCACAGCUUACUGACCAAUCAGUUAAAAUAUUGAUGUGCUAUAAUACUAGAGAAAUAAUUAUGAUCACAGAGUGACAAAAAGUUUUAAGAAGAAAAUCCUUUCCUAAAAUCCAUAAAGAAAAAUAAUAGAUUUACAUCAUUUUCAAUGAUUUCUCAUAAUUUCAGAAAAUUAUGUAAUACCUCAGUGUGUUAUGAAAUUACCACACUCUCCAAUUGUUGUUUUUGUAUUUUUUUACCUAAGUUUUACAAAUUAUCAAAAAGAAGUAUUCUAAAGAAAGAUGUGUGUGACAAAGAAAAAAUUCUGAGUCCCCACAAGGAAUCAAAACUCAGACUUUCAAAUUCUGUGCUCCGAUGCCCUACCACUGAGCCACAGAGUCUAUGGUGAGUGAGGUCCAUUACAAAGUUCAUAUAUGACAUACGUUUUUCUUUGUCUCACGCUUGUGACUAGACAUAAAACAUCUUUAUUUCUUAACCAAGAUCAAAACUUACCAUCUCUCUUAUUUUAUUUAUUAAGAACUAUUCUGUUUUUGAUUAACAGGACACUGUGACAUGGACAUGGUCUGGCCCAAGUGGGUAAGUAAGUUUGACUUGUUUUAACUCUUAAACCCUCAAGAUCUGAUUGAUAAUUCUCCCCUUUAGCUGCUACACAUUUCCUUGUAAAUUUGUUACGAGAAUUUAGUGUUUGGUCAAGAUAACAUUUUUUACCCGAUAAGUUUAAAUACAUACUGUCACCACCUUUUUGUUGGAUAACGUUUGGAUAUUGUAGGGAGAAAUUACAUGUUAAUCACCCUUGGGAGCUAAAGGGUUAAGUAUAUUGAACUAUAAGCCAUGCAGUGAGUUCUUAGAAAGACAAUGUUUAAAUGGUUUUGUUGAACUGUGAUUUUCUGACUGACAAGCUGUUGUUAGUAAUGUACUGCAUCUGUGGCUUUGAAUUGAAUGCAUGAUACUACCAAAUUGAAGACAUCCUUUGAGAUAUAAAUUCUGAAAUUGCUGACAGAAGUAAUUUGGUUUGCACAGGCCUGAAUAAGUCCCUGAUGAAUCUGCCAUUGAUCAUUAUUAUAUCUUAAAUUAUUCUGUAGUGUACCUAGAGAUUGAAAUAUUAUCAGUUUUUAAACUUGUAAUUCUUUUUAUUUAGUAGACCUAAUUUAUAAUAGAUUGUUCUAAGAUAACUAAUUUCUAUCUAGUUUUAUUAAUACCCUGUACUUGAUUCUUUAACAAAUAAAUGAUUAAAAUUGUUACCUUUUAGACUAACUCUUCUUUGGUUAACACUGUGCCAGUUUCAUAAUUACUUGGAAAUUGAGGUAAAAAAAGUGAUCAUGAAAUCUUUCAUUUGAUGUGAUGAUAUCAAGAGAGGAUAGAGUAUAUCCUCAUUUUGAAUAUAUCUAUUUUAAUUGACAAGUGAUCAACUGCUUUUCUUAGCUUGUUUGUAAAGUUUUGGGUUUCACCAUUUGCUUCUGAUUGGAAUGUCUUAAAUUUUCUUUUCCAUGCUAGAUUCUGCCAGUUUACAAGCCUGAUACAGAAGUAAGUGACAUUUUCUAUUUUUGUUUUGCACUUAUAACAACUACAUGUAUAUUUUAACUGAACUAGCAGUAAGCUUUAAGUAACAAGUUGUAGACUGUUUUCUGAGUAUUCAAAAUAUAUUAGUUUCCUAUUGAAGUGGCAUAGUUUUUAAGUUUAAUUUGCUGGUUUUUUAGAUAAACACAAAAAGACAACCCUCCAACUUGGAGGAGAUGCAGAGGCUAAAAGUUUUUCUUUCUUUUAGGAAAUCCAUGAUGGAAAACUUUAUGCAAGGAAUGUUCGGGAACAAGUAGCAAGGUGCCACCAAUAUUUAGUUUGUCUUUUGAUCCAAUUUGUAGCACUGUUUCCAGUUUAAGACCCUUUUUGUUUCCUAAAAGAUCACAUAUUUCCAUACUUCUGAUCACACUUUUGAGAGGGGUGAUUAGAGGCGUGUUUUAAAGUUGGAAUCACACUUGUGACCACAUAUUCUUUUUCAUUUUUUUUAGCAUGGAAAUUACAAUAACUUGGUUUUUCCCUUUUCCUUUUCUUUAUAGAGUAUACCAUUAUUAGCUUACCUGCAUAACAUGUGCUCUGAGAGAACUAAUUAAAAGAUUUGUUCUGUGGUCACUGAUACAUCAAUCAUUAGUGUGAAUUUGAAGUACGUAGUUUCUCCCUCUUGCAGAUUUCUUAAUGUUCCUGUCACUGAACACACCUAUGAAGACACAAGACUAAUGGUACAGGCCUCCCAGCAGAACCAACCAUCCAUGACAGGCUUGGUAGAAUAUCAGAAGAUAAGCAGCAAACUCAGGUCGGUGGAUGUUCUCAUCCUUUUCAUCCUUUCCUUUUGAAUUGCAUCUCACACAUAAGGCACCACCUAUUGAAUAGAAUUUAGGAAUGAAAAGAGGCCCGAAUAGUAGCUAUAGUAAAUACUUACAGAUCUAACUACGAACGCUCACAACAAAUUUUGCUUUACAAGCCUGCCUUGUACGUUCUUUGUCAAAUGUGUGGGAAAUCUUUCCUUAGCUACAUACGAGUUUAAAAUCAGAUUGCUGAUCGAAGUCGAGGAUGACUUAGGACCUAUCACUUUUGCUUAUUUUUCUAACAGCAUGAAGAUGGAUACCAUGAAGGAGCUGUUGGAUAAAUUUGCUGAAAUAGACGCUAAUAGGGACGGUUUGGUUGAUAUAAACGAGUUUGCCAAAUAUCUUAGCCUGCCUGUCACUAGUCAUGUGAAACAUCUCUUCACACUCUAUGACAGGGUGAGUCUUCAAUGAACUUUUAAGCGAUGAUACGACAUUAGGCUCCUUACAAGAAAUGGCGGCUGUUAUUUUUCAUGCGUGCGGCCUCAGGUCAGGUACGCAUGUGUCUAUAUCAGUGUUGGGAAUCGGGUGCUUGUUUUUGUUUGCGUUCGGUUACGUGUGCGUACAGAGGAGUGUAUUCGCGCGUGGGUCGGCGUUUUUGCUGGUACCACUUCAUGAGGGUAAGGAGUGUCGUGCACGAGCGUGAUGUGGAAGAACAGGUGUACAUUUUUUGCUAUGCUUUAUGCUGGUUUCUUUUUAAGGAACGAAAAUUCGUAUGCUCCACGCGGAUUUGAUACCACCAACGCUUUCUUGAUCUCAAAACAACACAGACGCUGCGAUUAAAUAUUUGCCGUUAAAUGAAAAGAAAUUAUAUUUUUUAAAUGACGAUUGUUGUUUUCCUGUAAGGAUGAUUCAGGUUUCAUAAACUUUCGAGAAUAUCUCAUUGGCUUGGCUCUUGUGUCGCAACCAGCAAACAGUGAAGAGGCUAUGAAGCUAGCUUUUCAGGUUAGUGUCAAAGAACCAAAGAACCAACCUUUCGAAUAAACAGUAUGUCAAAUAUAUUUUUGUCUCCUUCCCUUUGAUUUUAGCUCUUCUAGCGAAGACAGUUUUAUUGAAAACAUCUGGAGCUAACGCUAGUUGGUAGGCAGUCAGUUGAUCAUAGAACAGCUCUUAAUUAACUAUUCUUUUUGCAAAACCAAAGUUAUCACAACAGCCAAUCAUAACAAAGUUUUGCGUCAUCAAGAGCCAACGAGGACUCUAAGUGAAAAUUGGCAAACUACCAAAAGCGCAGGAAAACGCGGGCGACCAAGUCACGAUUGGUUUUCGUUUGGCGUCUGAUUGGUUUAGAGCAUGGCAUGAUUUUUCUGGACCAAUCACAGACCGAAGUAAAGCAAUCACGGAUUACUUUCGACGCUUAAUUGAAUGUCAAUCCAUCAUUUCAUUCCCUUAAGGUUUUUGAUAUGAACGGUGAUGGGCGAGUGGAUGAAGCAGAACUACGUCAUAUUCUUCAGAGUGCCUACCCUUCCAUCACAGACCUGAACAUAAACUGUUUGUUUAAUCAGGUGGAUGUGAACCACAGUGGAUCCGUCACGUUUGGUAGGUAAACUGAUGUUUCUUCUUACUUCAAUCUUCAGUUCAAAGAGUGUCCUUGAUAGCUAGCAAAUUCGCCAGCGAUACUGACGCGCGUGUUAGUAGCGAAGUGAUCCUCAUAGGGGAAGUAUAUAUAAUUGAAGAAAUUGCAGUAAAACAAAUCUGAAAAAAAAAAGGUAGGCUUUGACUGUAUUCGGACUAGGCCUCCACAUAGGGAGGUGGGGUUAGGUAAAUUUUAAUGGGCUCUUUAGUGUUUCUCCAGAGGAUGUAAUGAGAACAAAACAUAAAAGUUACAAGAAAAAUUUUGUAAACGUACUUACACGACAUAUUUAUUUUUACUCGUUAACAGAGGAAUUUCGGGAUUUCGCCUUAUUGCACCCAGAGUAUGCCUUUCUCUUUACCCACUACACGAAGGAACAAACAGAGACAACGGGAGAGAGCAGUCACUCAAAUCAUGAACAUCCACAAACAGCAGCCAAGGCUUGACGAACGCACAUUAGGAGAUAAAAAUCCAUUGCGUCUCUUGCCAAGAUAGUAAAAUACAGCCUUAAUUAUCUCUUCAUGGGGUUCCACAUGUUAGGGACUGGGUUUUUACUGCUUUUGUAUGACUUUAAUAUUAUUCAACGAUUGCUAAAGGGUAUUAGCGGUUUCUUAGUAGGCCAUUUCCGAAUUAAGGUGCUGAACCACUCGUAUGAAAAAUGAAUUUAAUUUGCAUGUGAAUGGAAACGUAUAAUCAUAUGAAAGGAUGAGCACCAGGACUCGCUUUGAAAAAGAAGCCAAAGGGUUCGGAAAUGUGCUAUUUAUUUGGUCGGUAGGUUUUGCUGUAUUGAAUUGCCUCGGUUUUAUGGAAUAAGCAAUUUUCCAUUACUGAAGACUUAGAAAUGUUAAGAUUAAUCCAAUAAUUUUAUUUAAAGAAUUGCCAUUAGUUCUUAAUAUUUAGGUUUACUCCUUACGUUUUAACGCUGUCUAAGGCAAUUUUCAGUUUAGUAUCAAAAGUGAACCUGGAUUGCUUCGGUUUUGCUUCACUUAGCCCUUCGAUUGGUAUAGAAAACUCGCGCCACCAUUCCAAGCUAUCAAAUGCGAAACUAAAACCAAUCCCAAUUUGGUCACUCGCAUUUUCCCGCGCAGGUCGCGUGGUUUUUUUUUAGUUCUCAUUGGUUAAUGAUGAUGUCAACCUUUGUUCUGAUUGGUAGUUGUGAUUGGUUUGGUUUUGGUUUUGUAACACUCAACUGAAAACUGCUCGUAUAGAUAAAAGUUGUCAAGUGACUCAUUAAGCAUCGAUCGUUUUCAAAGCGAAGAGAGUUUUAAUUUUACCGCCAGCAGUAGCUCAUAUUCGUCUGUAUAAAGGGUUUUUAGGGGGUAAGAUUUAUUUUUUUUUAAGAUAGGAGACGUUUCUUUGUCUCAUACUCUUGACAAAACGUAUACAUAUCAAUGCAGCUUAUUUGACGACCGGGUUCAAAUUAACUAUCUCUUAAUUUAUUCACUUUAUGGCUUAUUUAUAUAUUUAUGAAACCGCUUAUAUUCAACUUUGCACAGACGUUGAUUUUUUCACAUCUACACUACAGUGCU